AUGACGGCUUCGAGCAAACAUGAUUUGCCACACUUUGUGGCCUUCAACAGGAUCAUGAAAUUGCCGGUCGUGUCGUCGGGAGUAAACAAAGCGACGUACAUCUACGUAAAAGUUAAGAUGUCUAACCGAGUGAUUGGAUAUAGCUUGGAAAGCGCAGAAAAGACCGUAUUGAGCGUCGCGGACAUGUCUGUACCACUGGUCAUCAAAUUCGAAGACCCGAUCAACAGAAUUGACGAUAUUAUGUGUAAGUCGUUGGACGUCGUCGAAUACAACAUACCGAUGGUGACCUACACUCCAGAAGAGAUUUAUUUUACAACCAAGACCUUCGUCAAGGCCAAAGUCGAGCCGGUGCUAAAACGUGCAGACUCCGUGAAACAGCUCAGCAUGUUGGACGACGCUUUAAGUGUAGCUGACAAAUACGUGGACAAAUACUUGCCGGACAAGGAUCCGGGCGAGGAUGUGGCUGACAAACCGAGUACAGAACCGUCUAGCCAGGCGGUGAAGACUAUCCGACACGUCAACCACUUUUCCAGAAAACUGCAGAGGCGCUUGACCCGCAGGACGAUUGCCGAGGCAAAGCUGCUCAAAAAACAGGGAUACGAUACCGUCCAGUGCUUCGUGUACUUUGCAGAUCUCUUGGCAAAAGACCCUAAAGCGUUUUCGGAAAAAAUGAAGGCCAUCUGGAAACACCUGAGUGAGGACGAACCAGAAAAUCAAAAGCCACCAGAGAACAUUGAACAGCUCAUCGAAAUGUUGUCGAGGGAAGGAGCUAGACGUUUCGUGCACUUGACCAACUUCGUGGCCAAAAACAUCACUAUGGGACCCGCAUAUUUGGGACAUGCAUUCACCUACGCUUCCCAGGAGGCUGCCGUCUUGGCGGACCAAAUUAUAAAGUACGCCCAUUUGGAAAAUGCGAAAGGCGCAGUUGUGCAAUUUACCAAUAUGCAGUUGGCCAAAUACAAGAAACUCGUUGAAGAUCUAAGGAAAUUAAUACUGGAGUAUUUAUCGUCAGUGUCUUCCAAAAUAAACGAGCCAAAAAAGAAAGAAACCGAAAAAGAUAAUAAAAACAGCGGAACGGUCGCGACCGUCAAACCCUCAAAAGGCAAUAAUAAGGUGAAUAGCGCACCGGCCGCCACUCCGGCUGCCAAUGUUACGACCAACGGAAAACCUUAG